UCCGGAGCAGCAGCAGUGGCGGCAGCGGCGGCAGGGGAGUUCGGGCUGCGUCUGGGGCGGCGGGUUCGCGGCCGACCUGGGCAGGAGAACCAGCACGUAGAGCCGGGCCGCGGCCCUCGACUUGGCGACCAAACAGCGGCGCUGCUGCUGCAGGGCUUGGGCGCGCGGCCUGGCGGGACUGAGGACGCCGGGGCUGCAGGGCACGGGCGCCGCGGGCCGGGGCGCGCCAGAUGAUGGAUUUGGACGUGCUUCUAUGAAGAAAUGCCACGUGUCUCAACUGGCCCAAGAACAAACAUGUCCAGUAAGUUGCUGGCUGAAUAUUAACUCAAGAGCGAGAACACAGGCCUUCAGGACUACUGCCACCUUAGGGGAUUAGGGCUUGGUGACAGCGCGUCCCGGGGAAUCAGGUGUGGUCUGACCCAGGAACAGGAAACACAUCAUCACCAAUGACAUCAUGACAGCAAGAGAGCACAGCCCUCGCCAUGGUGCCAGGGCCCGUGCGAUGCAGCGGGCUUCUACCAUUGAUGUGGCAGCUGACAUGCUGGGCCUCUCUCUGGCAGGAAAUAUCCAAGAUCCAGAUGAGCCCAUUUUAGAAUUCAGCUUAGCUUGCAGUGAAUUGCAUACUCCAUCGCUAGAUCGAAAACCAAAUAGUUUUGUAGCAGUGAGUGUAACCACCCCUCCUCAGGCAUUCUGGACAAAACAUGCACAGACGGAGAUCAUUGAGGGAACCAACAAUCCUAUAUUUCUAAGCAGUAUUGCCUUCUUUCAAGACUCCCUUAUCAAUCAGAUGACACAAAUCAAACUCUCCGUGUAUGAUGUCAAAGAUAGAUCUCAGGGAACAAUGUAUUUACUGGGCUCUGGAACAUUCAUUGUCAAAGAUCUUCUCCAAGACAGGCAUCAUAGGUUGCAUUUAACAUUAAGAUCUGCAGAGAGUGACCGCGUGGGUAACAUCACCGUGAUUGGCUGGCAGAUGGAGGAGAAGUCGGACCAGCGGCCUCCUGUGACUCGGUCUCUGGACACCGUCAAUGGGAGGAUGGUUCUGCCCGUUGAUGAGAGCUUGACUGAGGCAUUGGGAAUCCGAUCCAAAUAUGCUUCGCUGCGAAAAGACACUUUACUGAAAUCGGUGUUCGGCGGCGCCAUUUGCCGCAUGUACCGGUUCCCCACCACCGACGGCAACCACCUGCGGAUCCUGGAGCAGAUGGCAGAGAGCGUGCUCUCCCUGCACGUGCCCCGGCAGUUCGUGAAGCUCCUGCUGGAAGAAGAUGCGGCCAGAGUGUGUGAACUGGAGGAGUUGGGGGAUCUGUCCCCUUGCUGGGAGAGCCUCCGGCGCCAGAUUGUCACUCAGUACCAGACCAUUAUCCUCACGUACCAGGAGAACCUCACUGACCUCCAUCAGUACAAAGGUCCCUCGUUUAAAGCAAGCAGUUUGAAAGCAGAUAAAAAGUUAGAAUUUGUUCCUACAAACUUGCACAUACAGAGGAUGAGAGUUCAAGACGAUGGGGGGUCAGAUCAGAACUAUGACAUCGUCACCAUCGGAGCGCCAGCAGCACACUGCCAAGGUUUUAAGUCAGGAGGUCUCCGCAAAAAGCUGCACAAAUUUGAAGAGACCAAGAAGCACAGUUUUGAGGAGUGUUGUACACCAUCCAGCUGCCAGUCCAUAAUCUACAUACCACAGGACAUCAUCAGAGCCAAGGAGAUCAUUGCCCAGAUCAAUACCCUGAAAACCCAAGUGAGUUAUUAUGCAGAGCGGCUCUCCAGGGCAGCCAAGGACAGGUCUGCCACAGGUCUUGAAAGAACCCUCGCCAUUCUAGCAGACAAGACCCGGCAGCUGGUCACCGUGUGCGACUGCAAGCUGCUGGCCAACUCCAUCCACGGGCUGAACGCCGCGCGACCCGACUACAUUGCCUCCAAGGCCUCCCCCACGUCGAGUGAGGAGGAGCAGGUGAUGCUUAGGAACGACCAGGACACCCUCAUGGCCAGGUGGACGGGGAGGAAUAGCCGGUCUUCUCUGCAAGUGGACUGGCAUGAGGAGGAGUGGGAGAAAGUGUGGCUGAACGUAGACAAGAGCCUGGAGUGCAUCAUUCAGCGGGUGGACAAGCUGCUGCAGAAGGAGCGCCUGCAUGGAGAGGGCUGUGAGGAUGUCUUCCCUUGCGCAGGCAGCUGUACCAGCAAGAAAGGUAACCGGCACAGCCACGCCUACUGGAUCAAACCGGAAGACCCCUUCUAUGAUGUCCCCUCCUCGCCAUGCCCCUCCACCAUCUCCUCUGCUGCAUGCCAUCCUCGCCUGACCACACAUUGCAGCCCCCCUCCUGACGAGUCCAGCCCAGGUGAAUGGAGUGAGGCCCUUUACCCCCUGCUGACCACCCUCACAGACUGUGUGGCCAUGAUGAGUGACAAGGCCAAGAAGGCAAUGGUCUUCCUGCUCAUGCAGGACAGCGCUCCCACCAUAGCCACGUACCUGAGCCUGCAGUACCGCCGGGAUGUGGUCUUCUGCCAAACUCUGACUGCUCUCAUCUGUGGCUUCAUCAUCAAGCUGAGGAACUGCCUGCAUGACGAUGGCUUCCUGCGCCAGCUCUACACCAUUGGGCUGCUGGCCCAGUUCGAGAGCCUGCUGAGCACCUAUGGUGAGGAGCUGGCUAUGCUGGAGGACAUGAGCCUUGGAAUCAUGGACCUGAGGAACGUGACCUUCAAAGUCACUCAGGCCACUUCUAAUGCAUCAACAGACAUGCUGCCCGUCAUCACUGGAAAUCGUGAUGGGUUCAACGUGCGGAUUCCUCUGCCGGGCCCCCUGUUCGAUGCCCUGCCCCGGGAGAUCCAGAGUGGCAUGCUGCUGCGGGUGCAGCCCGUCCUCUUCAAUGUGGGCAUCAACGAGCAGCAGACACUAGCCGAGAGGUUUGGUGAUACGUCUUUACAAGAAGUUAUCAAUGUGGAAAGUUUGGUGCGGUUAAAUUCCUACUUCGAGCAGUUUAAGGAAGUUUUGCCUGAAGAUUGCCUACCUCGAUCUCGGAGCCAGACCUGCCUCCCAGAGCUGCUGCGAUUUCUGGGCCAGAACGUACAUGCCAGGAAGAAUAAGAAUGUCGACAUUCUCUGGCAAGCUGCUGAGAUCUGCCGCCGCCUUAACGGGGUCCGGUUCACCAGCUGCAAGAGCGCCAAGGACCGCACGGCCAUGUCGGUGACGCUGGAGCAGUGCCUGAUCCUGCAGCACGAGCACGGCAUGGCCCCGCAGGUGUUCACCCAGGCCCUGGAGUGCAUGCGCAGUGAGGGUUGUCGAAGAGAAAAUACAAUGAAGAAUGUUGGAAGUCGCAAAUAUGCGUUUAAUUCCCUGCAGCUGAAGGCUUUCCCCAAGCAUUACAGGCCUCCCGAAGGGACUUACGGAAAAGUUGAAACAUGAACACACGGUUCCUCUAAUUAGCUGUCACAUACUAAAUGUGGGUACCCUCUAGUGUCAUAUACGAAUUCUUCAAGAAGACCUGAAGGAUUGGUUUUUAUUUUUGUGUUUUCAAACAAAAUUCACUAAAAAGUCUAUGGAGCAUGUUUUUUUCCACUGGAAUCAAUAGGAGGUAAUGUUUGGCUCGAUAGCGUGGAUAGUAAUGACUGCCCAUUUAAAUAGCCUCAGCCAUAACCACACAGAUAUCAUCGAUAGUUACCUGUAUGAAUCAAGCUAGAUAUGUCUGAAAUGCUAAAAGACUUUUUAAAAUGCCCACUUAGGCAGCUGCACACCUAAUGUAUUUUUCUACCGAGUAACUCAAAAUUGAGCAUUGAAUUACAGUCUACUUUAAAAAUUUUUGAAUGUAAAACAGUAAAUAAUAUAUUAAAGAAUUGGAUCCUGGGCAGAUCAGUAAAUGUUGAAUGUUAACUCAAGUUUUGGGGAAAGAAGGUAGCUCCAGCUUGAGCAGUGAGAGCAGUUGGUUCCGAUAAAUCGUCUUGUCUGUAGCAUCACAGGUGAAAUCAGAAGGUGAAGUAAAGGUUGCUAAAUCAGUCCGAGGUAAGACUUCACUGGAAGGUAGUACCUGCACAGCGGCCCACGCGGGGGGCCCACCUCCACCCCCGCUGCGCUGUAGCACAGGGUGUGUGCUGGAGAAGGACGCCACUGGCCUGUUCUCCCCAGCUCCGUGGCUGGUCCUGCCCCCAGGGCUCGCCUCCCUUCCUCUCCUGGGUGUUGAAUUCUGCCACUCCAGGACCCCGCACAUGAGGUGUCUGCUGCCUUUUAGAUAACAGUGGGGGAUUUAUGCGUGUAGGUGCUGGAAGCCUAAGUAUUUUCAGAACAAAUGUCCUUUUGUGGGUUUCCCAAUUUAUCGUCUUCUAGAAGACAAUCCUGUUGGAUUGUCUGAUGAAAGUGUCUCUUAGGUUUGCAGUAGUUGUUACUGUCCUCUUUACCUUCUGUUAUGUAAGAUGACUAUUGAGAAAGUUGAAAUUAUCUCCUACAGUGAGAUUUUGAAAGGGAUUAAUGGGCCAUAAACUUAGGAAUUUCAUAGAAAAUUAUGUCUGAUCAUCUAUUAUAAGAUGAUGAUGAUGAGUCUUAUCUGCACAUAGCAGAGAUUUUUCUUAGUUUAUGUGUUUAUCAAUUCUGUUUAUCAUAAUUAUGUUUACAUGUUAUUUAAAAGGCUGUAAAAUAUAUGUGGCACAUAUCCAUGAUGCUGAUCUUAAUGAUUUGUGAACCCUUAGGAAAUCCCUAGGUCUAAAAUUAUAGAUAUUAUUCUUGGGCUCCUUUAGAAAUGCCAGUUGGAAACAUGUGACAGACUUGGGUUGCUGAGGCACAGGCAGUGCCACCCACAGGCAGGGACACAGGGGUGGGCGCAGGUGAGGGACUGCAUAACCUUCCAGACCCUUCCUAUACAGUGUUCAGACAGAGCCUCUGCUCCUCCUGCCCAUUGGACAGGUGUGAAUGGAUGUGGAGGACGCACCAGGAGCAAUGGUCACAGCUCGCUGCCUCUCCCACAGCUGGCUCACUGUGGAGGGUGCAGGUAGAGACACUCCUAUCCACCAAACCCGCUGCACAGGUGGCAUCAGCUGGCAUCACAUCAUCCUGCUGUGUCAGUCCCAACCCAAAGAUGGUUUCCAGUAUGGGUGAUUUGGCCUCUCGCCUCUCCCCCAUAUCAUUUAAUUUGUAACUUUUCUAGUACCUACAUAUUUCCAUCUUUUCUUAUGUUAACAUCACUACCUUUCAAAAAUUCCCUUGUCUUUUUAAAUUAAAUGUCACCCAUAUUGUUUCCAGAAUUUUUUUUUUUUUUUUUUUUUUUUUUUUUUUUGUCUGAUGAGCAUUAAGCACCUGCAUUGGUCAAAAGGGAAUAGAGCAAAUGUCGAGGCAUCCGUUAGCAAUUUUGCAUGUGGCACCUUUAUGUGAAUUAUUUUUCGAACUUCAGCUUCAUAUUAAGGAUCACCACAAAACUCGAAGACUUGGCUAACCGUGUAGAGAAUGUUCAGGUUUCAGUGUUCUAUGUGAGCGUCCCUGGGCCCCCGUGGGAGAGCAGCCUCUGGGCGGCAUCACGCCCUUCUUUCGCUUGCCGCGAGAGGGCGCCCUUCGUGGUGGCCGGGGCUCCUCGAGUCCGGUAGGAGCGCUGAGUUUCCAGCUGCGCAAGGAGAGCCGUUGUACAGGUUACCAUAAAACAGAGGUUCCGUCCAGUGUACCUUAGAAGGCCUCUCGUUUAAAGAGAAACGUUGAGACAUGCUGAAACCCCGGGAUGUGGCGUGGAUUCUAAGUACCUGCAGCACAGUUGCCUUUGGUUUCCUUCAAAAAUGUACAAAUAUUGUAUAAUACUGUUUUGUCCCUACACAAUUGUUAUUUGCCAAGCUUCGUGCAUUAAAGUACUUUUAUUUAUUUGUUUUGGGUGGGCAGUAGUAAUAUAUAUGAACAUAUAGUUACUGUUUUAUAUAUUCUGGGUUCAUUCGAAGCCAUGUAUGCUGUAAAUGUGCUAGUCUUUAGAAUGACAAAUAAUAAAUAACUGACAAGAACAUUAAA